AUGCCCAACGAGUGCACGGCAACGGUGCGUCCAGUCGGCUGGUGGCCAAGCGGAGAAGCUAUGGGGGUGCCGGCGGCCACACCAGCCCGCCAGUCCUUGGGCACGCCCAUGCUGGCAUCCGACAACAGCAAUGUGGAGCACCGAGUGGCAAUUACGUGGCCAACUAGGACACCGCACGGCGGCGCAGAUGAGGGCGAGGACGUCCCGGGCAGCAGCGUCUCUGAGUCAGCCGUGUGCACGAACAGGCCGAGGCUUGUCUCAGGGCACACGGUCAGACGGUACGAGAACUUGUCGGGCGUGGCGCGGUGGUCUGGAUUGGUGAAGCAGGCGUUCUCGACGACGACGCAGGCAUCGCGGUCGGCCACGGUGAGAGGCCGGAUGGUGACGGCGCCGGGGGCCGUGAGGUCGAUGGAGGUCAUGGCGAAGAAUGGCAGGGUGGUGCUUUCCGAUGUCUCGUCUGAAGUAGAGCCUGCGCCAGUUUGA